AUGGAUGCUUUCGGCAAAACAAACAAAACUUUUGAGAACGAAGUAAUCGUCUCUUCGGCCGACUGUUUCACUAUUGAGAGCGCAAAACAACUGCUAAAUGAGUGCAAAGGGUUGGGCGCACCCAUCGGUGGUGUCUUUCAUUUGGCCCUCGAGUUAAACAAUUGUCUCUUCAGUGAAAUAUCUUUCGAUGCAUUCAUGAGAACCGUUGACAUCAAAGAGAAGAUAUGCAAGAAUUUGGAUCAAUUGAGCCGAGAAUUGGACUAUAAUUUAGACCAUUUUGUGGUCUUUUCGUCGGUAUCGGUGGGAAUGGGAGUCGAGGGACAACUGAACUAUACUUACGGUAACUCUAUUUGCGAUCGCAUUUGCGAACAGAGACAGAGGGACGGCCUGUCGGGUCUGGCCAUACAGUUUGGUCCGAUCGGUGACGUCGGGGCGAUGACUGAGUUGACACAAAUGUUUGCAUUCUUGACGACUCAGAAACAACGGAUCCAUUCGUGUUGUGAAGUAUUGGACAAACUAUUGGCCGUUAAAUACCCGGUUAUAACCGUAAAUUUGUGGGGAUCUCUGGGUAUCGACCCGUCGGCCACUCCGGCGGACAUCACUUUAGGAGAGAUCGGAAUUGAGUCCAUAUUUGCCUCAGAAUUACAGCAAGAAUUGGCAAAACUCUGUAAUCAAACCAUUAAACUAAAGCUCAUUAAAGACAUGUCUGUCGGACUUCUUCGGGACUUUGAGUCCGGAGGCGAUCAUAACAUCAAAGCCUAUUUCAAUGGUAUAAAAAGCGCUCAAAUUUUACUCUCGAAGUAUAAGUUUGUGAUUCCUGUGGAAACACACGUCAGACUCAAUGGUGUUUCAAACGGAAAGCCAUUGUAUUUAAUGCCGACUCUGGAGAUGGGGUUUGCAUUGUAUGACCAUUUGGUGCAAAAUAUUAACCGACCGGUCGUUGGACUCAAUUGGACUCCAGAUGUGAACCGAUUGUCGACUUUGAAGGAAGUGAUGAAAUACUUCACUGAUUUGAUGGCAAGACUCGAACCAAAUGGU